UUUUUUCUAGUCCCUAUAAUAACCCCAUUAUAUAUUGAUACAUCCUCUGGUUUUUAAUAAGGUGAAAAAACAGAACAUGCAAAUCACUACAUCUAUGAUGUUGUAGACAUGUCAUCCACGUUCUAUAUCUUAUACUUAUAUAUAUAUGGUUCAGUCCAUGAUCUGAUCACCACACUUUUGAAGCACAUAAUGGUUCUUCCACCUUCAGAUAUGCUUCCUCCUUCAGAUGCUCUGCAAUCGGAUCAUGAAACCGACUAUGAAUUUCCCGAUUCUGAUUUCUUGUCCACUAAUAUGUUGGUCAAAAUGGGGAGCCUACAACAGGAGAGGCAAAUUUCAGUGGAUCCAAUAUCACUAAUAGAAUCGGCAUAUCCUCGUUUGGAGUUGCCACCACCACCUGUUAUUACAACCCCGAAAGUCACUCGUAUGCUGGUUCCACCGCCUCUGCUACCUGCAAAAGCCAAGUUCUCUGUUAGCCUUCUGGGUUCAACCACCUCAUCACCUCGACUUAGCUUGCUAAAGAAGAAAUGGAAGAAUCCAGUUCAACCAUCCUCUCCUUUAGCCUUUGAUCCUCUGUCUCGUCAGCACUCGGUGGCACUCACUCGUCUUGCUCACCUACAAGAGAAGCACCUACGGAAGAGUAAAUCGUGCGGGGAAGGGCGAGCAACUGCACCCUCUGAUGAUUUCGAUUUGUGGUCGAGUAAAGUCAACGGUGAUGAGCAUGAAGCCAAAACUGAUGAUGAGCAUAAAAGCGGUAAAACCAUGGCCAAACCUUACGAUGAGGAAUUCAAAUGUGGGGCUCUAUGCUUGUUCUUGCCCGGGUUUGGUAGGGGAAAGCCGGGGAGACCAAGAAAAGAUGUCGAAAAAGAAAUAACUGGGAUUGACAGUCCCAGUACAGGAGACUCCCGCCACUCAGUGAAAAAGGAGAUGGCCCAGGUGAUCUCUAGGACGGUCUCGUUGGAGAAAUUUGAAUGUGGUUCUUGGACUUCAUCGGCCAUAGUAAUGGACAACGAAGAGGAAGGAGAUUCUCUGAAUCACUUCUUUGAUCUUCCGUUGGAGCUGAUCCGGACUAGUGCCAACGAUGCAGAUUCACCAGUAGCAGCUGCUUUUGUGUUUGAUAAGGAUCACCGAAAAGGGGUUCUGAAGACUAGAGGUGCUGCAGGCAGGAAAUCCCAUGACUCGUCUCGACAUGUUCGGUUUUCGACUUCGUCACCGGGAUCACACCCGACCUCGCCAACUUCUUGCAUUACUCCUCGGUUGCGCAAGGCAAGGGAUGAUUUCAAUGCCUUCUUAGCAGCACAGAGUCCAUGAGAUUUAAUUUAAUUUUUUUCUUCUUUUCUGAGAGCAUGAUGUCAUAUUAUUGCAUUAGAAAAAGAAAGUUAAUGAGUAAAUUUACUUGCAUAUCUACAUCUGGAGAAAAUAAAAGAAUAUCAUCAAUGUAGAUCAGUCUUGUGGUUAGGUCUAUAUAUGAAAUUAUGUAUGGUGUAAUAUGGCUAUUAAUUGUGAACAAAUACAAAAAAUAUGCAUAUGCAUACAUAUAUGUUUUGGCACCAACCACAAUGUGAA